AUGAGCGACCUCCUUGGCCAGAUCGGAAAGAAUGCAGAGGGCCUCACAGCCACGUUCUGCUAUGGAGGAUUUGUUCCACUUCCAAUCGAAGGUCUGAAACUGUUUUAUCUUCCGUCAAACGAGACCGCAAGAGAGUCAAAGGUCUUGGAGCUUCCUGUUUCGUCAGGCGAAGAGGAAGACCUGCUUCAAUUGCUCGACGCCUGCGAAGAAGCCACCUUUGGAAGGGGUUUGGAAGACGUUCUUGAUCCAACUUACAGAGCGUUGUCCAGGUUGACGUUUUAUUGGAGAGCGAUGCUGAGCUUUUGCGUAGAUAAAUAUCUUUUUACUGUUUCGCUCGGGCCCGGAGACUUCUUUAAGGCACACGUGGACACACCCCGGGGGGGUGAUAUGUUCGGCUCCCUAGUGAUUUGCCUGCCCUCCCCCUACGAGGGAGGGGAGCUGCACAUCCGGCACCGGGGGCAGACCUGCGUCAUCGACUGGAGCAAGAAGUCUGGCGAGGCGAUCCAGUGGUGUGCCUUGUACUCCGACUGCGAGCAUGAGAUCAAGGAAGUAACGAGCAACUACCGCAUCACGCUGACGUACAACUUGUACGCCGAAGCCGAGGCGCCGUACCCAGGGCACCCGCUGAGCGCGCGCGCUGAAUUGCGCGCGCUCCCCCUGUUCCGGACCCUUUCGGAAGCGCUCGCUCAGGAGAGCUUCAUGCCCGGGGGGGGCCGGCUCGGGUUCAUGUGCCAGCACCGCUACCCCCACGUCAGCAAUACGUUUGCGGAGCGGCCGGCGGCGCUGCUCAAGGGGGCCGACGCGGUGCUAUACGCGGCCGCGCGCGCGCUCGGACUGCACGUGCGCUUCGUGCAUCUCUCACAGAUAGCUCGGCCUUGGGAGGAGAGGUGUAAGAUUGCCCGAGCGAGCAGAGCAAGGCGCGAGGCAGAGGGCGUUGAUGAGGAGUCUGAGGAAGAAGAGGAAGAGCCGUUUGAAGAUGAGGGCGACUUUGUGGGAGAAAAGGUGGUCGAAAGCUCCGCGCUUCUUUGCGGGGAGGGUUUCGCAGGGCAGUCCAUGGCUCGUACUGCCAGAACGCGCAAGAAAAACAGGUGGAGUCGUUCGAACGGCGAGUACUUGGAGGAUCUUCUGAUUCCCCUCUCCGCGGUUGAAUUCGAAAAGUAUUCGG